CAGCGCGGGCCGGGCCGGGGCGGCGCCGCCGCGAAGUUGUCGAGGCCGCGGGGCGGGCGCGGGAUGGACGCGCUGCGGUCGGCGGGGCGCGCCCUGCUGCGGAGCCCCAGCGUCGCCAAGCCGUCCUGGGCCGGCGGCCGCCACAAGAAGCUCCCAGAGAACUGGACCGAUACCCGAGAGACACUGCUGGAGGGGGUGCUCUUCAGCCUCAAGUACCUGGGCAUGACGCUGGUGGAGCAGCCGAAGGGUGAGGAGCUCUCUGCAGCUGCUGUCAAAAGGAUCGUUGCAACUGCAAAAGCAAGUGGAAAGAAACUGCAGAAAGUUACUCUGAAGGUCUCACCCAGAGGGAUCGUGUUAAAUGACAGCAGAACUAAUGAGCUGAUCGAGAACAUCUCCAUAUACAGGAUAUCCUACUGCACGGCAGACAAGAUCCACGAUAAAGUGUUUGCCUACAUUGCCCAGAACCAGCUCAAUGAGAACCUGGAGUGCCAUGCCUUCCUCUGUACCAAACGGAAAAUGGCCCAGGCAGUCACCCUCACUGUAGCUCAGGCGUUCAAAAUAGCGUUUGAGUUGUGGCAAGCCUCCAAGGAAGAGAAGGAAAAGCGGGAAAGGUCCAUCCUGGAAGGAGAAGGGUCGAGCAGCCCAAACUUGGAUGCCCAUGCUUGCCCUGACACACCAGUCACGGCGAACUUGCUGGAUUUAGAAGAUCCUGCCAAAUUGACUCUGAGUGGCAGUGCAAACUCUGUACAUUUAGAUAACAGCAUGUUUGGGCCCAGCUCCUCUGUAAAUAACAACAUGAUGUGGGAAAUGGAUGAUGGUCUCGACGAGGCAUUUUCAAGACUUGCUCAGUCGAGAACAAACCCUCACGUUCUCGACACGGGACUGACAGCUCAGGACAUCCAGAGCGCAGAAAUGCUUUCACCUGUAGAUUGGGAUAAAAUAGAUCCAAAUACAGGCGAGAAAGAUGAUGUGUUCAUGUUUUGAAAUCAAAUUCAUCUAAUAGCUGAUAUUAGAAUAACCACUAAAAGUCUGUGGACUGAAUAAUGCUCUUCCAGGUGCUGUACACAAGGGACUCUUCUGAGGGAUCUUCAAGUCAGAUGAUGUUAUGGCACGACUUAGACCAAAGCUUUAGAAAUCUAAUGCCGAGAGGGUUUUUUUUACCUUGCUUUUAUCUAAACUGUGAGAUGCUCUUGAACGUAUUUAUUCAUAGCUGUUGCAGUUUACAUACAUUAUUGGAAGGUGUGUAGAGCAUCUACAGUAUUUGGUUGCAAUAUACCAUGGAAGAACCAUCAGCAGUGCCUGUUCCUCUCUGCAAAAGACUAUGCAACACCAAAGUCUCUGCGUAUACGCGUUUCUAGACAAAGAUCUGCAGAUGCAAAUGCAGCUGCAAGCACGACUGUUACUAAGCUACUGUUUCUUGAACAACACAUCACCUGCCUAGGCUAAGGGGAAGAGAGUUGCUGCAGCUGCUAGCAAUGAUAAAAUCAAAGAGGUAGCAAAGAUGUUGUUUUUGUUGGGAAUGUCUGUGAUGCUCUCACAGUUGUCAAUCACCCAUACAUAUUCUGGCUUUUUCUUUGACAGCUUCUUAAAGGAAUUGACGCUUUUUACCCAAAGAUUCUAUGAAGUUCUGCACUUUAAAACUUUAACCGAAAGCAAUGGUCCAAAAUGGCAAACUAAGCAGUGCCUGUAAUAUCUCUUGAGAAGCUAUUUAUCCCUCUUCCAAAACAAACGAACGAACAAAAAAAAAAUCAGUGUUUCAGGUCUCUUUCAAAACUGACUGCUCACAUGCACUGUUUCUGAUAUGACUCGAAAUACUAAGGCUCAGUUGCAUUGUUGGUUUAAAAGUAAAGCCACCAGGGAGUAACCAAUCUGCUUUUCUAAAGUGUGUUGAAAGUUGCAGGUUGUCUGAAUCCAGUAGCACAAUAGAUUUGUGUUCUUAGCUCUGCUAAGUGGAUUUGGCCAUGCGUGCCUUUUUACUGUCUCAAAACUAUUUGGUAGUUGUCCACUCAAUAGACUCAGAUGGAAUUGGAUUAGACAAGACCAGUACUUGGAUGUUCAGUUAGCAAAAGGUGCCCCUUUCAGUGGUACUCCAGUCCUCUUCCCCCUAUAGUCACAUCUGCUGUGAGGCUUAAGAAGCUCUUUUCAUCUAUUUGUGGAACUGAAAAUAAGUAAUGGAGGUAUAAAGCUUAUGCUAAUUAAAAGAUUAAGUUUAAUAAUCCUAAAUAGUUGCACUGACAGUUUGUAAUGUUUGUGGCCUUCUGUGAAGUAUACUAAGUAUACUAAGCUGUUUUAUAGAUUUGUAACUUGGACCUUGGCUUUGAAACACUAAUUCAUUCCUCAGACAGCUCUUUAUAAUUCUUUGUUUGCUAGUAAACAAACAAACAAACAAAACCUCUUUGUCAGCUGUAACAGUUUGUUAGGAAACAGCUGAAUGACUCUAACUUAGAUUUGAUUUUUUUCUCUAUUAUUGUGAUAAGGUAUUGAGGACUUGGGAAGCCAACUCAUCAUGUCUCUUAAUAAAAUGUGUUCCCUGUUUAUUCUGCAAAAUUGUGUUUAGAGCAAUUUUACAUCUUGAACCUACUGUGCCCAUGACUUACUUGAUGUCAUGUGUAGCAUCGGUCUCUUGCGAUUGAAGGAAUUACUCAAAGUUCAUCCAUGCUACAGAGGCACACAGUAGAGACAUGAACCUAAUGGACUGUGAGGCUUUCUCUGUACAUUGAUAUUUCUCCUUUUCUAGAGAUUUGAGAAUCAUAUACUGAAAUGCACAAUACUAUAUAUGUAUGUAUAUAGUUUUUAAGAAAACCUAAUGCUGUAAACAAUAUCUGUAUGGAGAAAAUAAAUAUUCUGCCAUUUUUUGGAGCA